CAUAGCUGUAGCUCGCCCAUAGGUAGGUAGCUCAGAGUACCUUAUAGGUGCAAAUAUGCACCUUACACAACAAAGCUCAAGUAAAGCAUGCCCACCUGACUUGCCGUUUCCAGUAUUGCCGCUACGCUUAGACUUGCCCACUCCGGCGUCAUGGAGCUACUUUUGUUUGUAAAUGUGAACUCAGUCAUCUGCAUCACCUGUCCAACAAAGAGCUUCUAGAAUCUGGGGAACGCAACUGUGCACCUGUAGCAACUCUUCCAAAUAUCGCCAUGCCGCCGACCAUCGUGCUCAUCCGCCAUGCCCAGGCGCUGCACAAUGUUGAUGAGGACUGGAACAUCCAUGACCCAGAUCUAUCUUCUCUUGGCUUGGAUCAAUGUCGGGAACUGAAGGAAAAUCUCUCACAGCGUUUCGCUGAUGAGACUGAUGCAAUCAUCAUCGUGAGCCCCAUGAGACGCACGAUCCAAACAGCCCUUCUCUCCUUAGAUUGGCUGAUCAAGAAAGGGGUGUCGAUUCAAGCCGACGCUCGAUGGCAAGAAAACUCUGCGAAGCCAUGCGACACAGGCAGCACUAUCGCAGAUUUGAAGGUCGAAUUUCCUGGUGUUGACUUUUCAACUGUAGAUCCCAUCUACCCCAACAAAACACCUCCUGCCGGCGCUCAAUAUGCUUUCAACAGGGAAGCCAUACUCGGCCGAGGUCAGUCGGGCCUGCAGAGCAUCUAUGAACGCAAGGAGAAGCUUGUCUUUGUUGUCUCCCACUCUGGGUUCCUCCGCGCCGGCGUGACGGGUUAUUGGUUCUUCAACGCCGACUAUAGGAUCUUCGAAUUUGAAAAGAGCGAAGCGCUAGGGAAGUCUUUCCAGCUUCAACAAUCCGACUCAACUCUGAGGGGUGGUCUUGGCAAGUCGAGGACGGAACCUGUAGUCAUCGGCUCGGAAUUGCCGCCAGCCUCGGAGACUCCGCCAUAAGCCUUGCAUUUGAAGUAGGAGAAGUCAAAUAGCGAUUAUGACAUCUGCGAAAGGACCCAAGUAUAUGGAUUACUCCAAGUAUACAUCGUGGCGGUCUCAGUCACACGACGCGAAGAGGAGGCCUGGGGCUCUUGGC